AUGCUCAAGAUGGGCGGCAAUGCUGCUGAUGCUCUUGUUGCUACUCAGCUCUGCGCUGGGGUGAUUGGAAUGUAUCAUAGCGGCAUUGGAGGAGGAAGCUUUAUGAUAGUCAGGGCUCCAGAUGGAUCCUAUGAGUUUAUAGACUCGAGAGAGACCGCCCCAGCAGCGGCCUUUGAAGACAUGUUUAAGAAUGACUCGGAUGCCGCAGUCUAUGGAGGCUUGGCAAGCGGCGUGCCUGGCGAAAUACGUGGAUUGGACUAUCUGCAUAAAAAGUAUGGCUCACUCCCAUGGUCAACAGUCCUCCAACCUGCCAUCCGUGUUGCUCGCGAGGGCUUCCCAGUUGGUAAAGACUUGGUUAGAUAUAUGAAUGCUGCUGUUCAAAUUGGCUCGGGAGAGGACUUCCUGUCAAAAGAUCCAGAUUUCGCCGUAGAUUUUGCGCCCAACGGGACUCGACUGGGAUUAGGAGAUACCAUUACUCGAAAGCGACUAGCAGAUACUUUUGAAACGAUUGCAGAACAAGGUCCGGAUGCUUUCUACUCUGGUCCAAUUGCUGAGACAAUGAUCAAUGCAGUGCAAAGGGCAAAUGGAACAAUGGUAUUGGAAGAUCUGGCAAACUAUAAGAUCGCUGUCCGAAACACAUCAAAGAUUAAUUAUCGUGGAUAUACAGUGACAGGCGCAACAGCACCCUCGAGUGGUAGUGUUGUAUUGAGCAUUCUGAAGAUUUUGGAGACAUACCCGGAUUUCUUCAGUUCUGAGAACUCUGUGAACCUUAGUACACAUCGCAUGGAUGAGGCGAUUCGAUUCGGAUAUGGUCAGCGCACUGAACUGGACGUGUCCGCAUAUGACCCAUCUGGCACCGAGAGUUUAGACACUCCAGGUACAUCUCACAUCGUCUCAGCCGACCACUCUGGGCUUGCCAUCUCUUCAAUAAGCACCAUAAAUUUACUCUUCGGAAGUCAUGUUAUGGUCCCAGAGACAGGCAUCAUUAUGAACAAUGAAAUGGAUGAUUUUUCGAUCCCGGGCUCAUCCAAUUCAUUUGGCUAUGUCCCCUCUGAGAGCAACUUCAUUCGACCAGGGAAGCGACCUAUGUCAUCUAUGACACCUGUGAUUGUCACUCGACCUGAUGGGAAGGUCUUUUUGAUAGCUGGCAGUGCGGGCGGAAGUCGGAUCAUCACAGCAACCCUCCAAAGUGUUAUCAACUCGAUCGAUCGUGGCCUAGCGGCAGCUGAGGCUUUAGCAGAGCCUCGCCUACACGAUCAACUCAUUCCUAAUCAGGUGACAUUCGAAUAUAGCUUUGAUAACUCAACUGUUUCAUUCAUGGAAGAGCGGGGCCACAAUGUCACUUGGAUUGCAACAGCCCAGAGCAGUGCUCAGCUCAUUCGAGUCCUUCCCAAUGGUACAUUUGAUGCUGCUGUUGCGGUGGUUGUUCCACCUCCAAGCCAGGACCCUUCUACAUACAAGCCAUUCCCCGAAGAGGUCGAACGCAUCGUCGAUGAGAUAUUGUCAGAAGAAGCAAGCCUAGAGUCCUCCAGAGAUGAUGAUUGGAACUUGACUAGUACUUCCGUCAGCGGCGAAAGUUCCUCGGGGCUACUCUCUUCUGCCAUUGCAGGUUCAAGUUCACAGAAAGGAAAAACUCCUCCCAGGCCAUUCUACUCUACGACUACGUCUACAUCGAAGACCCGAAAACAAACCAACCCAUCCUCGCAGCGACGUUCACGAGCAGCCAGAAGAACUAUAACGGUGGUAAAUAUGGCUAGUGAUAGUGAAGAUGAGGAUGUCUCCAGCAAGGGCGGUGAUGAUCCAGCGGAGGAAAACGACGUAACUAGCGUUAUGGAGUACAACAAUGACUAUGUCGACUCGAAUGCCGCAAGCCUGGCCAACGUUCCUACUCUGCCAACCCCGAUACAGCCAGAAGUUUCGGAGAAACAGGAUGACCAGAUGAGCAUUAUUGAUGGUGACGGUGCCGAAGAGCAUGUUAUAUUUUCAUCAGUGAGCGAACCAGCGCAAUUGGAACUUCUUACCUUCAUUGGUGGUCACCAGUUCAUGCUGGAAUCGGUUCAACCAGUGAGGAAAUCUGCUAGACUUCAGUUCACCAGAGAAGUUCGAGAUAAAGCACUGUCCGCUGGGAUGCCUGAUGAAGCGAUAUAUGGCUUGAUACACUACGUGCGCCGGCUCUACCUGGAAUUCGCUGGCGUUGAGGCCGAGAAGCUCAUUGACUUCGCGGACGAUAUCCCCUUUGGAUUAGAAAUUGACGAUGAAGUCGAAGCUGGAUCUUCAAAGGGAAAACGCAAGAGGAGCCCGAAGAGCCUGGAAAAAUGCGAGGAGAAGGUCAAAAAGCGAAAGAAGAGCAAGAAACGGAUCUCGAAGGAGUUGGAUGUUUCCUCGCAGCCCUUGGUCGAAGCUGAGACGCACAACGAAGAACUGAGCACGGAGAUCGUCCUACAUAGCCCGGUCAAGACAGAGCAAAGUGUUGCAAAUCAGCUGCCACGGAAUGACGAGGAAUCUGAUGAGGGGCAGGUCAUGAUUCCUGAAUCGCCCGUACCUGCUUCGACCGCACCGCUCCGAGAAGAUCAUACAAACAACGACGCCCCGGACAUAAUUGACUUGACUUUGUCAGACAAUGAAAAGCCUGACACGUCUGAUUCCCAUGAUCGAUGCAGUACCUGUUAUGGCACCUCGCCAGAGCCUGAUUGGUUAGAUGAUCAUAUGGAAAUUGAUGCAACAGCAGCCGAAGAAAAAGGCAAAGAUGAGGAUACUCGUGAUGCGAAUGACGAGGGUCCGGACGUUUCUCAACAACAUGAUUCUCAACAUGUCUCUGAAAAUGAGGAAAUCCCUGAAGCAUCUUCCGCCUCUCCACUCCAGUUGAGCGUUGAAACAAGCAGAAGGCCUAUACCAGAGCGAGAAUCAGAGGUGUUGCAGUCUAUAUCCGGGGUUGAGCCUGCGCAGAUACCUUCACCGGAGCCUGCUGAACAGAAGUGUUCUUCCAACGAGGCUCAGCCCAAGGCCGGUUCACCUCAAGCCCACGAGGUUGAGCUUCAACUGAGUUCUGAUCCUCUGCCGGAGACUGUUAGAAAUAAUGAAAGCCCUUCGAAGACAGCCCAGGCUAAGCCUAGUUCAUCUCAACCUCCUCCAAGAUCCAGCCCUAGCCUUGAGCCCGUUCAAACUACCCAACCGGAGCCCACUACAAAAAACCAGAAGCGCCGUUCAAAGGAAGUUCAACCUAAGGCUUCCUCAUCUCAACUUCCCAAUCUCGAACCAACACAGCAUUCUCACCCCGAGAACUCAGCCCAGGCUGAACCUAGUUCGCCUCAACCGCCUCCAAGACCCAGCUCUAGCCUUGAGCCAGUUCAAAGUGCCCAGUCUGAGCUCACUACGAAAAAUCAGAAGCCCCACGCUGAGGCUUCCUCAUCUCGGCUUCCAAAUAUUGAACCAACACAUAAUACUCAGCCUGACUUCACCCAGAAGGGGUUGAAUUCACCUUUGCAGGAUCCGUCGCCACCCCCUCAUACCGAUCCUCAAUGGGAUGCAGUGUCCGCAAGUGGCUCUUCGCGGGGUUCAACAGCUCCUGACAAGAAAAAAGCGAAGAAUCAGCGCAGGCGAAGUAAUAGAAGGCGCAAUCGGGUCAAACGAAAAUCUGAAGUUGCUUUUGAACCAACUGAGAGAUCAGGAACACCUCCGCAAUCUCCUACUGGCGCUGAACUACCAGCUACUCCGGGGCGACCCCCCAGUGAUGAGGUGAUGUCAAAAUACUUCAAAUUAGUGCCUCCUGCCAACAAUCCCCCGGACUCCCAACCUGUACCCCUUUCCUUGGAUGACGUCUCUACUUCUCAGAAAAUCUCCAAAAAUACUGAAAAUUUCGGUUUACCUCUUUACUGUCUGUCCUCAGAUUCAGACUCAUCACUGAGUGAUGUUCCUAGUGACUUUGAACUAGAAUACACAAGAUCUGUGUCGCUCCCAAGCGGUGAAAACACUCCAUCUUGUGGUACCCCAGUCAAAAACACUAUCACUUCCACGUCGAAGGGCUCUAGAUCAACUCGCCCAAAAUUGCCUAAAACAUCACGAUACUUCGUUCAGGAACCUCGGGAGCCUCCUUCAUGUCUCCCAUUUGCUUCCAUCAAUGCGCCAGCGUUUGGUCUUAUCCAGGAGCAGCUUGCUCACGACCCGUUUAAGCUCCUUAUUGCAACCAUUUUCUUGAACAGAACUCGUGGCGGAGUGGCGCUACCGGUGUUAUUUCAAGUUUUUGACCGGUAUCCCACUAUUGAUGCCAUGGCCACGGCAGACGAAGAGGAAUUUGUCGCAAUGAUUCAUUGCCUGGGAUUUCAAAACCAGCGUGCCCAAAAGUGCAUCUUGUUGGCACAAACCUGGCUAACCAAUCCACCAAUGAAAAACAAACGUUAUCGGAAGAUGCAUUACCCCAACAAGUUGGACGGCCGGGAUCUUCGUCCAGAUGAGUGUGUUGAUGAUGAAGACCCGCGCUCGGCAUGGGAAAUUGCACACUUAUCUGGAGUUGGUGCCUACUCCCUCGACAGUUGGCGUAUUUUCUGUCGUGAUGAACUGCGUGGUUUGGCUACCGACUGGAAAGGUGCCGGACCGACUAGCCCAGGGUUUGUUCCCGAAUGGAAAUCGGUUCUCCCGUACGAUAAAGAGCUCCGUGCUUAUCUUACGUGGAUGUGGUUGAAGGAAGGUUGGGAAUGGGAUCGUCAUACGGGAGAUCUCAACCCAGCCAGUGAGGAAUUGCUCAACGCCGCCCAAGUAGGAGGAGUGGCCCAUGAAGAGAAUGGGAAUUGGGUACUGGAAACAUCCCCUGUCAAAGUGGCCAACGGCUUACAUGGAGACGAUUGA